AUGUUAAAAAAAAUAGAUGAGGGAGAACUCGAGACUUUCUACUCUUUUUGAAAAACCAAUUAAACUACGACAAAAGCAAUUUUCUCUUAAAAUUACGAUUCACUCUUGUGCAAAUCCACGUCACACUUCCAGAAGCCUCCACUCUGCAUAAAUCUUCAUCCACCAAGCCUCACCAGAACAAAGCUCUGAAAACCAACUACAUUUCUCAGUACAGCUCUUCAGCUGCAGAAAUGGGUGAAGAAAAGAAAGAAGAAUUGAAGGAGGAGGAAAAUAAGAAGAAUGAAGAAGAGAAGAAAGAGGAAGAGACUCCUGAGAUAGUACUUAAGGUUGUCAUGCAUUGUGAAGCUUGUGCAAGAAAAGUUGCUCGAUCCUUGAAAGGAUUUGAAGGAGUGGAGGAGGUAAACACAGAUAGCAAAGAUAAUAAGGUGGUGGUGAAAGGCAAAGCAGCAGACCCUCUAAAGGUGUUUGAGAGGCUGCAAAAGAAAAGUGGAAGGAAAGUGGAGUUAAUUUCACCUUUGCCAAAGCCACCAGAAGAAAACAAGCAAGAAAGUCAAGAACCAUCAAAGGAAGAGAAAAAGGAGGAAGAGAAAAAAGAGGAGCAACCUCCUGCUGUAGUAACAGUUGUAUUGAGCGUUCGAAUGCAUUGCGAAGCAUGUGCUCAAGCUUUACAGAAGCGAGUUCGAAAGAUCAAAGGGGUAGAAUCAGUCGAAACAGACCUUGCUAAUAGUCAUAUAAUAGUAAAAGGCGUGAUAGAUCCAACCAAACUAGUUGAUGAUGUGUACAAGAAGACUAGAAAGCAAGCUUUCAUAGUGAAAGAUGAUCAAGAAAAGAAGGAAGAAGAGAGGAAAGAAGAGGAGAAGAAGGAAGAGAAAGAACAAGAAAAGAAAGAUGGUGAGGAAGGAAAGGAAGAGGAUGUUAUGAGUGACAUCAAAAGAAAUGAAUAUUGGCCAUCAAAGUUUUACUUAGAGUAUGCUUAUGCCCCUGAAUUUUUCAGCGAUGAUAACCCUAAUGCGUGCUUUGUUAUGUGACUAUAUAAACUGUGUUGCACUUGUGACGAACUUUAGUUAGCUAGGUAUGCAAAUUUCUAUGUAGUAAUAGGUUAAUAAAAUAUUGGUAGACAAGUACAAUCCUUGAAUUCGUAUAAUUAUGUGAAUUUAUUUGUGUAAUGAAUAUUAUAAAAAUAAUUGUUAUGAGUUAUUAAAUGUA